AUGGCUGGCCAGGGCGGCUCCUGGAUGCUGCAGGUGUACCUGCUGGCGCUCCUGGUCCAUCCCCUCGACCCCUCCAGCCGUCCUGAGCGGGGCACCUCGGGCCUGCUUCCCGAGGAGCUGGAGCUGCAGGACACGGACAAUGAGGCCGGCCCGUGGGGGGACCUGGCGCUGCUUGCCUGGACGUGCUUCCUGGGAGACGUGCUGGUCGCGGGCGUCGUCCUGAGCUGCUGCUGCCUCGGCAGAAGGAUCUUGAGACGCCGCAGAAAGGAGCAGAGCCGGGACCAUUCGGGCCGUGCCGGAGCCCGCUGCCACUGCUGCCGGGGCCGCGGCUGCCCCACGACGCUGAUGCAGCUGCUGAGGCAGAACCGCGCCCUGCUGCAGCUGUGCCUGAACCACCCGCCCCGCAGGGCCCCGGGCCGAGGGAGAAGCGCCGGGGCCGUCGGAGAGAGGAGAGUCCGGUCCCACUCAGCGCCGAGUUCCAUCGCGGCGCGGAGCUCCGGGGCAUGUGUGACCAGCGGCAUCCCCAUCUCCAGAGCUGGAGACACCCCAGCCUCAGUCCCGCGUUUCCCGACACCUCUCCCAAAAGAAACUGACAUUUCCUUUAGUAUUCCCCGUCUAGAAGUUCAAGUAGUUUAGGCAUAAGAUUCUUACCCCGUAGUGUUCAAGUAUUUUAAGCAUAAGAUUCCUACCCCGUAGUGUUGUAGUAUUUUAGGCAUAAGAUUCUUACCCCGCAGUAUUCUAGUCCCCCUGUUGUUAUAAAUGAAUUUGUUUUAGUAGGCAGGAUUACGGAUAGUUAAUUGUUGUAAAUAAAUUGUUAGUGUAAUGAAUUGUUUACUGUAAUGAAUUGUUAUAAUUAAUAUAAUAAAUUACAAAGUUAUA